AAUCAAUUUUUAAUUUAUCCUCUUCUCUUCUGUCAUUCGUAGCAAAGUGUGAUGUGAAGUGGUGCGGAUAAUUCAACAAAAAAAACCUUAAAUAAUUUGCGAUGAGGUAGCACCGGUUACUCAAAAAUAACUAAACAACAUCUAAGUAAUAUGCCUUAACUCUUUUGUGUUAUAAACCUUUAUAAUAAUUUUCGCGGGAAUGCCGAACAUUAAUAAUACCUGCGCUGCCAAUGACGAAUACGAAGUCAUUGGCGAGACGCAGUGGCAAAUAAUCGAGAGCAGCGGCGAUGAACAAACCAUCAACAUUCAUGGCUUCAAAUAUUCUAAAUUACGCGCUACUUUAUUACACACCGUGUGCAUAUUACUAUGUGGCUUACCAUAUUUUGCAUUGGCUUAUUACCCGUCCUACAAUCGAUUCAAAUACGUAAAAUGCAGUCUGAAAACGGCUAAGGAAAUUUGUGUUAUCGACUCAGAUGGAGGAUGGACUACAGAGAAAGUGCUUGAAGUCGACCUGAACUUAUCAAACCAUAGAGAUAACAGAUUGCGUUACUUUAUGUUCAAACACAACCGAUUCAUUUGGCUUAACGACCAAGGAGUUUUUAUUAAUGUUCUUGCACUCAAUGAGAAGCUUACUAUCCAACUGCUGAUGGAAAAUAUGUCUGGCAUAAAUAAACGGCAGCAAAAUGAAUUGAUCAAACUAUAUGGUACAAAUUCAGUAGAAGUGGAAGUAAAGAGUUACUGGACCCUGUUCGUUGAAGAAGUUUUCAAUCCUUUCUAUUUGUUCCAAGUUUUCUCUAUCAUUCUUUGGUCUUUGGAUGAGUAUUAUCAGUAUGCGACCUGCGUUUUCCUGCUAUCCGUUGCUACCUGCAUGCUGGCGUUAUAUCAAACUAAACAGAUGAGCAUCAAUCUCCACAAAAUGGCUGGUUCAACUAGUGCAUUUACUGUCACUGUGCUACGACCGACUCGUAUGGGCCGGGAGGAGUGCGUAGUGAACGCUAGUCGACUGGUACCCGGCGAUGUAUUAGUUUUACCACCUGAUGGCUGUGUGAUGCCUUGCGACGCUAUGCUUCUGACCGGAACCUGCAUUGUCGAUGAGAGUAUGCUAACAGGCGAAAGUGUGCCAGUAAUGAAAGGUCCUCCUUGCUCGUCAUCAGAAAUAUAUUCUACUGAAGGGCACAAACGUCACACAUUAUUUGCUGGCACGCAUGUUAUGCAAACUCGAUUCUAUGGCAACAAUCAGGUUCUGGCCAAAGUCGUACGCACCGGUUUUUACACAGCUAAAGGAGAGUUACUUAAAAGCAUUUUGUUCCCAAAACCCUUUGGAUUCCAGUUCUACAAAGAUGCCGUCAAGUUUGUCAUAUUCAUGUUCUGCAUUGCCGCGAUUGGAAUGGGAUACUCUAUCUGGCUGUAUGUUGUUAGAGGAAGUUUGAUAGGCACAAUAGUUCUCCGCACUCUGGACAUCAUCACGAUCGUAGUACCGCCCGCGUUACCGGCCGCCAUGACAGCUGGCAUAGUAUACAGUCAAAAUCGGCUCCGUAAAAACAGAAUCUUCUGCGUAUCACCUCCCAGGAUUGUAAUAUGUGGCAAAUUACAAGUUAUGUGUUUUGAUAAGACUGGCACCCUAACCGAAGACGGAUUGGACUUCCAUUCUGUAAUACCAUUACGGGCUGGGGAGAAGUUUGGAGAAUGUGUGGUGGAAGUGAGCAGUCUGGCUGUGACCAGCCCGCUCAUACAAGCUCUGGCGUCCUGUCACUCUCUCACCAGUAUACAGGGACAGUUGAAAGGCGAUCCUCUUGACUUGAAGAUGUUUGAAUUCACACAGUGGGUACUCGAAGAACCAGGACCUGAAAACACACGAUAUGACAAUUUGACACCUGUCAUCGUGAAACCCGCUACUUCUGCUAAUGGAUCUAUGCAGAAUCUGGACGACUUCGAUCCUUUCACUAUGGAGAUUCCAUAUGAGAUCGGUUUAUUGCGGCGGUUCCAUUUCUCAUCGGCACAACAAUCAAUGGGUGUUAUAACCAAUGUGCUAGGACAGCCACAAAUGGUUUACUUCGUCAAAGGUGCUCCUGAGAAGGUGGCUGGUAUGUGCAAUCCGGAAACACUCCCAGAGAAUUUCAGUUCGGUUCUCAAUGAGUAUACAUCCAACGGUUUUCGUGUAAUCGGCCUUGCGCACAAAAAACUCGAUCGUAAAAUGAAAUGGGUCGAUGCACAACGGGUCAAGAGGUCCAACCUUGAGUGUGAUAUGGCGUUCUUAGGCUUUCUAGUCAUGCAAAAUAGCCUGAAGCCAGAGACAACUCAAGUGAUUAGAGAACUCCAUGAAGCUUCUAUGAGACUGAUUAUGGUAACUGGGGAUAACAUAAUGACUGCAAUGUCUGUGGCUCGGGGCUGUCUCAUGGUGCAGCCACAUCAGAAACUGGUCCUUAUUACCACUGGACAACCGCAAACCAAUGACUCACGCCCGCCUCUUUGUAUGGAGGUGGUAGGCGAAGGCGCACCGCCUAAGUUGGCAUUAGAUGCCUAUGUGUUAGCUCUCGAGGGUAAAACUUGGGCUGUGAUACGUACUCAUUAUCCCGAGCUAAUGCCGGCGGUGCUCACUAGAGGCAUGGUAUUCGGUCGUUUCGGUCCGGACCAGAAGACGCAGCUUAUAACCGCGCUGCAGGGCGAGGACGUCGUGGUCGGCAUGUGCGGGGACGGCGCCAACGACUGCGGCGCGCUCAAGGCGGCGCAUGUUGGCAUCUCGCUCUCCGAGGCCGACGCAUCGGUGGCUGCCCCAUUUACGUCUCAGGAGCAGAAUAUAAAAUGCGUGAAACUCCUCGCUUUGGAAGGGCGUUGUGCCUUGAGCACAUCGUUCGCUAUCUUCAAAUACAUGGCUCUUUAUUCACUGAUUCAGUUCUUCUCUAUACUGAUUUUGUAUAAUUUCUACUCAAUCCUUGGCAACAAUCAGUUCCUGUACAUCGACCUGGUACUGACGACACUCCUGGCGCUGUCCCUGGGCCGCGCGUCCCCCGGCCCAGUACUGACGCGCCAGUCCCCGCCCGUGUCACUCGUCGCUCUCUCUAGUAUCUUGCCACUCAUCAUUCAAGUCUCAUUGGUGCUGGUGAUGCAGGUUGCGUCCAUUUAUUUGCUGUAUGCUCAACCCUGGUUCAAACCAGUCGAAGGGGGUCCCGACGUAGAACAAGUAUUGUGCUGGGAGAACACAGUUUUGUUCAUAGUUACUGCAUUCCAGUACUUAAUUAUGGCCUGCGUCUAUGCCAAGGGCUGGCCUUUCCGACAACCUUUCUGCACAAAUUAUUAUAUGAUGAUAACGUUAGUUACACAAUCAGUGUUCGUGACGGUACUACUGCUGUGCCCGUGGCAGUGGUUGGCAGACUUCAUGGAAGUUGAAGCCAUGUCGUCGGCUGACUCUGAACAAACUAUGUUCCGUAUCUAUCUAUUGCUGAUACCUGCCCUUCAUAUUAUACUAGCUAUAGCUAUUGAGGCGAGCUUAUCGGACUGCGAGAAGUUGGCUCGCCUAGUGCGCGCGUUCCGUCGACGGUGCGACAAGACGGCGGAGGGCGACGCGGCGCGCCCGCUCUGUGUGCCGCCGCACCUGCAGCUGUGCUGACCGCGCCGGGACGAGGACUGCUGGGCCCGCCGGGACGAGACCUGCUGGGCCCGCCGGGACGAGUACUGCUGGGCCCGCCGGGACAAGUACUGCUGGGCCCGCUGGGCCAGCUGGACAUGCUGGGCUAGCUGACACUCCAUGCUUCCACUCAUACCGAACAUUGUCAACUUGAUAAGCUAAUGGUGCCACCAUCCAGUGUUCCGAAAAAUUCUCAUAAGUUAGUUCUUACUAAUGGUACUUACUAAUUUCCCGCUCGCAACCGCAUCACUGAUGAAAACCGUGAAAAAUCGACUCAGUAGUUUCCGAGUUUGUCGCAAAUUAACGUAUGCGGCGGGAACUUUGUUUUAUAAUGUGUAAGGCUACCAAUUCAAUGCCAUCCAAUCGGUGAUGUUGCCAUCAGUUUUUAUCAGUUAAGUUGCACUAACUUGACAAGUUAGAACAUGUUUAUUUUUAAGAGAAUGUAAUGUCAAGUUCUUGCAUUUCGUUAUGAGUUGAAGCGUUUGUUGAGUUCGGAAUGUACGCCUCUGGGUGAUUCUUCGGAACAUUUUUAACAAAAGAUAUAGUUAUCCUCAACCCGAAGUGCUGUUGUUUAUUUUCAAAUAGUCAACACACAAGAGUUUAAGGGGAUGAUUUGUUAAAAAAGUUAAAGAUUUCUGAAGGAUCACUUCUCCGGGACUAUCCCGCCUCAUAGUUACCUUUUUACUCUGUAGUGAUAGUAGAAGACACUGCAACGAUCAGUGUAGUUUCCGAAUUGUUUGUACUAUAAUAUUUAUUUAUCAGUCGGCAAAUACCCUUACUGGAAGUUAAGUUGGCUGUUACUUAAUUUAAGUCCCAAUCUAGUAAAAUUACUCUACUGCUGUUCAGUGGAACAAGCGCUAUUUCAUUGGCCGCUGUGCCGUUAGGUAUGAACUAAGACAAGCACUUAAAAAUGUAUAUAGAAAAAUACAUUUUUCUUAAGAAGACCUGUGCUAGUGUUAGUAGAAUCCUAACACUUCGUCAGAUAGUCUUAUUAGCUAAGUGUGAUCCCGUUUAGUACAUUGUCACUGCGCAUAGGUCCAGGCGCCGUCAGAUCCAAAAUAAAGAGCUGGUGAUUGCACCAGCAGCCAAUUUUAAAAAUGGUAGAAUAUACCAACGUCUGUUCUACCAUUUUUUAAAUAGGUUUUUAAGUUAUUGGCAACUCUGUCCCUUAGAAACAAGACUAUCAUGACUUCUGCUGUGAUAAAGGAAUUCUCGUAUACUUCCAGCGCUGAAUAUCAUUCAUGUGUCUAUGUAACUUUUCUGUACUAUUUUGUUUUAAAAGUAGUUAAAACCCUGAUUACAGUACUUCGUACGUAUGGCUAUUAUUAAAAUAUCGAAAACUAUUUAAUUAAAUUAAUCAAGUAGAUUAAUAUUUUAAUAUUUAAUUUAACACAUU